AUGCAGAAAAUUGAUAUUGGGCAACCAUCACAGCCUGGUGCAAGUGGUGAUCCAGGUUCAGUAAGUGGUCGGGGCUCACGUCGUGGCGGCGGCAGAGUGUUGCCUGAACAAAUGACCAUACUGCGCACCCGUCCAAACACAGCUCAAACGAAAAAGGGUUCUACUGGGACUGCUGUCGAUCUAACAGCUAAUUACUUUACCGUGGAGACUACUCCACAAUGGAGGCUUUUUCAAUAUCAUGUGGACUUUUCUCCAGAAGAAGACAAUACAUCAGUGCGCAAGGCACUUAUACGUGUACAUGCCAAUGUACUAGGAGGAUAUCUUUUCGACGGCAUGGUGCUCUACACAACCAAAAGAUUACAUCCUAAUCCUAUGGAGUUGUAUUCGGAUCGCACAUCUGAUGGGGCUCGUAUGCAGAUAAUGAUAAAGCUUACAUGUGACGUUAGUCCUGGCGACUAUCACUACAUUCAAGUUUUUAAUAUUAUAAUAAGGAAAUGUUUUAACAUACUGCGCUUGCAACUAAUGGGACGCGAUUAUUUCGAUCCAAUUGCAAAAAUUGAUGUGCCAGAAUUUAAACUCCAAAUAUGGCCAGGAUAUAAGACUACAAUCAAUCAGUAUGAAGAUCGUCUGUUGAUGGUCACUGAGAUCACUCACAAGGUCUUGCGUCUAGACACUGUUUUACAGAUGCUGAACGAAUAUUUAGCAACAAAAGGCAGCAACUACAAGAAGAUUUUCUUGGAGGAUUUAGUUGGAAAAAUAGUAAUGACUGACUACAACAAAAGGACUUACCGGGUAGAUGAUGUAACUUGGGAUGCAUCACCACUAUCCACAUUUAAGAUGAGGGAUGAAACUAUUACCUAUGUUGAAUAUUACAGUAAGAAAUAUAACAUUCGUAUUCAAGAUGCAGGCCAACCUUUACUAAUAUCGCGAUCGAAGCCUCGUGAUAUUCGCGCUGGAAUGCCUGAGUUGGUGUAUCUGGUGCCGGAACUGUGUCGCCAAACUGGUUUGUCAGACGAGAUGCGAGCCAACUUUAAACUGAUGCGCGCCCUUGAUACACACACUAAGAUAGGCCCCGACAAGCGCAUUCAGAAAUUGAUGAGCUUCAACCAACGCUUCACUCAAAAUAAUGAAGUUGUCAAGGAAAUGGGGACGUGGUCCUUAAAACUCUCUAGGGACUUAGUGAGGUUCAAGGGACGUCAAUUGCCAACCGAAUCAAUUUUUCAAGGACAGAACGCAAAGUAUCUGGCUGGUGAUACUACUGAAGGAUGGACAAGAGAAAUGCGGUCAAAGCAACUUUUAGCGUUGGCUCAUCUACCAUCGUGGGUGGUCAUUACACCAGAACGACAGAGACGCGAUGCGGAAAGCUUCAUGGAGUUGAUCAUGAAAACUGGCCAUGGUGUAGGAUUCCGUAUGCCUAAACCAGAAAUAGUGACAAUUCGUAACGACGGACCAAUGGAGUAUGCCAGUAUGUGCGAGCAGGUCAUAGCAAGGAAAAAUCCAGCUAUGAUUUUAUGUGUUUUAGCAAGAAAUUUUUCUGACCGAUAUGAGGCUAUAAAGAAAAAGUGCACAGUAGAUCGCGCUGUCCCGACGCAGGUCGUGUGUUCCAGAAGUAUGACUAACAAAUCUGCUAUGUCGAUAGCAACAAAAAUUGCCAUCCAGAUUAACUGUAAACUUGGUGGUAGCCCUUGGAGAGUAGAUAUCCCAUUAGGAAACUUGAUGAUCAUCGGCUAUGACGUAUGUCAUGACACGCGCUCCAAAGAAAAAAGCUUUGGAGCAUUCGUUGCCACGAUGGACCGACACAUGACAGACUACUACUCUAUCGUGAAUGCGCACACUUCUGGAGAAGAACUCAGCAGUCAUAUGAGCUUUAAUAUAGGUUCUGCACUAAGAAAAUUUAGAGAAAAAAAUGGUAAUCUUCCUUCUCGUAUAUUCAUUUACCGUGAUGGCGUCGGUGACGGCCAAAUCCCGUAUGUUCACAGUCACGAGGUCGCUGAAAUUAAGAAAAAACUGACGGAGGUGUACGCCGGAGCGGAGUAUAAGCUGGCGUUCAUUAUUGUAUCUAAGCGAAUCAAUACUCGUAUAUUCCUCGACCGCGGGCGCACCGGCGAAAACCCGCGCCCCGGCACUGUCAUCGACGAUGUCGUUACACUACCCGAACGGUAUGAUUUCUACUUGAUUUCUCAAAAUGUGCGCGAAGGCACUAUUGCACCCACGGCAUACAAUAUAAUAGAAGACACUACUAAUCUUGCACCAGACAGGAUACAGUGGUUAACAUAUAAAUUGACACAUUUAUAUUUCAACUGUUCGGCGCAAGUCCGUGUACCGUCUGUUUGCCAGUACGCACAUAAGCUUGCAUUUUUGGCAGCCAACAGUCUUCAUAACUCACCACAUCAGUCAUUAUCAGACACUUUGUAUUUUCUGUAG